AUGAGCCCUCAGAGAUACGAACCUGUAAAUGCUCACGACGAUGACGAUAUCGAUGACAACAACCACGGCACGCCGAUAACACAAAGAACCCCUAUCUCGACCCCGUCUUCACCCCCUCCGUCCUUCCGAUCCCAAGCCUCAUCUCCCACCUUUCGCCGGCUACUCUCCCGCGACGAUCCCCUCCACAGUGACGAAGAUCAGACAUUAGCCGACACCUUCGACGAUGGCGAAGACUCCGACGCCGAAGAUGGCGGCGAUGACAGGCAGAGGCUGAUGCGCGCUGAUCCGGAUGCCCGCCGCUCGCGAGGCCGACCAGCAACAGGAGCAAAACUGCCAGUCUUCACACCCACCGCACCUCCUUCGCGGCAGCAACCUCGAGGCGGCAACGACGGUGUCUUCGCCAAUCUAGCUGCCAAGCCCGAACGUGGUGAUUCUGGAGAUGAAAAGCCUCCUACCUACGAGUCCGCCGCCGCCGACGCAACCCCACCCUACUGGGAAACGACCAUCACCCUCCCCGGCUCCGGCGUGCCGGGAUCGGACGAAGUCUAUGUCGAUGGCCUCCCCGUCGGUUCCAUCUUCUCCUUCGCCUGGAACGCCAUGAUCAGCAUGUCCUUCCAGCUCGUCGGCUUCCUGCUAACCUACCUCCUACACACCACGCACGCAGCCAAGAACGGCUCCCGAGCCGGCCUCGGCUUGACCCUCGUCCAAUACGGCUUCUACAUGAAAGGAACAUCUAAAAGUUCGCCCAGCCCCGGAGGGGGAGGAGACGGUCAAUUCGGUGGAGGAGGAGGAGGAAACGCACCGCCCACGGACCCCAAUUCCCACGAUUUCGACCCCAGCAGCAUCGCUGCCUCUGCUGCUGCCGCCGCCGCCGCCACUUCAAGCACAAGCGCAUCUUCUUCCGGAGGUGGGCUGUCAUCCCUCGCCUCCAGCGAUUGGGUCUCGUACCUGCUCAUGAUAGUCGGCUGGUUCAUCCUGAUCCGCGCCGUCUCGGAUUUCCUGCGCGCCAGGAGGCAUGAAGCGCUGGUGCUGCAGAGUCCCGACCGCGGCUUGGCCGUGCCGGUUAUCGCCGAGGGCGAGGCGGCGGAUCGCGUCGUCUAG